AUGGCUCGCUCACUGAGCAAGGACGACGAUGCAUGGAGCUUUAUGGACCAUGUGCCAAUGCGGCCCAUGGGCUCAAGUAAGCUCAUUGAGGCUGAUGACGACGACGAGUUCCCCGAUGAGUCCGUCGAUGCGUGGACCAUGUCUCAAAGGCGGUCCAAGAUGCGCCCUGGCCAUGGCACGUCUUCGUCGGCCGCGUCUUCUUCUACACAGCGUGGCGGCAGCGGGGGUCGUGGACUUUCAUCCUCCUCGACUAGCGCGCGUCUCCCCAGCACGUCAUCUUCAUCAGAGCCGGCUGCACCUGCGUCCAAUGCGUCAAAGUUGAUGCGCCUCCUCUUGGCUGAUGCCAAAUGGCAACUCACAUCCAUUCGACAGCGCUUGCGCCGGCAGAUUCGGGCGUUGCGUGGCACUCCCAUGGGCAGCGACAAGCGCCGAAUCGUCUUGAAUGAUGCAGGCGCGAACGUGAAUGACGAAUUUAGCAGCAACCAGGUCAUGACGAACAAGUACAACCUCGUGACGUUUGUGCCGGUGUUUUUGCUGGAGCAGUUCUCCAAGUAUGCAAAUGUAUUUUUCCUGUUUAUCGGGUGUAUCCAGCAGAUCCCUGGUGUGUCGCCCACGAAUCGCUGGACCACAUUAGUGCCUCUAGGAAUUGUUUUGCUAGUCGCUGCAGCGAAGGAAAUCGCCGAAGACUGGCGCAGGUACACGUCUGAUAUGGAGAUGAAUGCGCGUCUUGUGCCCGUGCUGGUCCACGACACAUGGGUGCCGAGGGCAUGGCGCGACGUGUGCGUGGGAGAUAUUGUGCUGAAGCAGGCACUCCCGGCCACGGGGCCUCUGACGUCGGCUGCGAGUGUCGCAGCUCUGCGUGGUGAGCUAACAUGCGAGGCACCGAACAACAGUCUGUAUACGUUCGAUGGGACACUUCAGCUGCCGGGGCAUCCGCCACGGCCCGUGGGGCCGGACCAGCUUCUGCUGCGUGGCGCGCAGCUUCGGAAUGCGCCUUGGCUCUAUGGGCUUGUUGUCUUCACUGGCAACGACACCAAGCUGCUGCAGAAUGCGACCAAGACGCCCAUCAAGCGCACGCGCGUCGAGAAGCAUGUGAACUCGCUGAUUCUCUCGUUGUUCGUGCUGUUGCUGGCGCUCUCGCUCAUAUCCAGCAUUGGCUCCCAGAUCUACCUCGGAUCUGCCCCCGCAUAUCUGAUGACCCAGCUCGACACGCGGAGUGGUGCGCGCCAGUUUGUCGAAUCGGUGCUUACGUUCAUUAUUCUGUACAACAGUCUGAUUCCCAUCUCGCUCAUCGUGUCGAUGGACGUUGUGAAACUGCAGCUGGCGAAUCUGAUCAACUCGGACCUGGAUCUGUACUAUGAGCCACAGGACACGCCUGCACUGUGCCGCCGCUCGAAUCUGGUGGAAGACCUGGGACAGAUUGACUAUAUCUUUUCCGACAAGACCGGCACGCUCACACGGAAUGAGAUGGAGUUUCGCCAGGCGUCCAUCGCUGGCGUCGCCUUUGCUGACGCUGUGAAUGACGCGCCUCCUGGCGAGCGGUACGCAUGGGGCGACCUGCGCGAGAUCCUGGCUCGUGGCGACACGCUUUCCCACAAUGUGCACUCGUUCCUGUGUGUGCUCGCCGUAUGCCACACAGUGAUUCCCGAGCUGCGCGAUGGACAGGUCGUGUUCCAGGCAUCGAGCCCCGACGAGGCGGCGCUCGUCGCUGGCGCCCAGGCGUUGGGCUAUGUGUUUACGACACGCAAGCCUCGCUCCGUGUUUAUCCAGGUGCAUGGCACAGAGCUCGUGUACGAGCUUCUGCAAGUAUGCGAGUUCAACUCAGCACGCAAGCGGAUGUCGACGGUCGUCCGCGAGCCGGAUGGGCGCAUCGUCGUGUAUUGCAAAGGCGCGGACACUGUCAUUCUGCCGCGAUUGCGGCCCGCCCAGCCACAUGUAGACGUGACGCUCCAGCACCUCGAGACGUAUGCGUCUGAUGGUUUGCGGACGCUCUGCGUCGCGUGUCGCCCACUCGAGGCGUCUGAGUACCAGGCAUGGGCACAAAAGUACGAGGCAGCCGCUGCCCAGCUUGACGGACGCCAGGCUGCGCUGGAUGCUGUAGCUGAGGAGCUCGAGCGGGAUAUGGACUUGCUGGGUGCGACGGCGAUUGAGGACAAGCUGCAGGAAGGCGUGCCUGAUACGAUCGCGACGCUGCAGACGGCUGGCAUUCACGUGUGGGUGCUGACGGGCGAUCGCCAAGAGACUGCGAUCAACAUCGGGUACUCCUGCCGGCUCAUCUCCGAGUCGAUGAAUCUGCUGAUCGUGAAUGAGGCCGCGGCCGCCGACACGGCAGCGGUGAUCCACCAGCAACUCACGACGAUCGAUGCACAUCCCGAUGCCAUCAACGAGCUCGCCCUGAUCGUCGAAGGCCGCAGCUUGCAGCACGCUCUGCAAGCACCCGUGUCAGAUGCUUUCCUCCGCCUCGCUUCCCAGUGCAAGGCGGUGAUGUGUUGCCGAGUAUCGCCCCUGCAAAAGGCGCUGGUCGUCGAACUUGUCAAGGCAAACACAGGCUCGGUUCUCUUGGCCAUUGGCGAUGGCGCCAACGAUGUGGGUAUGAUCCAGGCCGCUCACGUAGGCGUCGGCAUCAGCGGCCAUGAAGGUCUGCAGGCGGCUCGCAGUGCAGACGUCUCCAUCAGCCAGUUCCGGUUCUUGCGCAAGCUGUUGCUCGUGCAUGGGAAUUGGAGUUAUGCGCGACUGAGCAAGAUGGUCCUGUACUCGUUUUACAAGACUGUGACACUGUACGUGACCCUGUUUUGGUACACGUUCUACAACGGAUUCUCGGGUCAGACUGCGUACGAAUCAUGGUCGCAGUCGUUCUACAACGUGGCGUUCACGAUGCUGCCGACGCUGGUGAUUGGCAUCUUCGACCAGUACGUUAGUGCGAGGAUGCUGGAACGGUACCCCCAACUAUACCAUGAACCAUUUUUCACAGGGCGCGCAAUUGGAGGAUGGAUGAUCAACGCCGUGUACCAUUCCAUUGUGAAUUUCUUUUUCGUUGCGUACAUGUUUGAGGCUCAGACUGUCAAACAUGAUGGAUACCCUGGAUACCAAUGGCUGUGGGGCACGACGCUGUACUUUUCUGUCCUAGUGACGGUGCUGGGCAAAGCGGCACUCGUGUCGAACCUUUGGACUCGAUACACGCUACUGGCCAUCCCGGGGUCGUUUGGUGUGACGAUCGUCUUCUUUGUUGUAUUUGCGACGGUAGCACCGGCUCUUGGCGUGUCUAUGGAGUAUUCUUUCAUUGUGCCACGGCUCCUUGGCCUGCCUCGCUUCUGGCUCAUAAUCAUCUUCGUCCCCAUUCUGUCGCUUUUGCGUGAUUUAGUAUGGCGUUACUGGCAACGCACGUACCACCCCAAGUCCUAUCACAUUGUGCAGGAAAUGCAAAAGUAUCAGCUGCAGGACGUGCAUCCUCGCACUGACGAAUUUCGAAAAAACAUCCGCAAAGUCCGUGCUGUUCAGCGCAUGCGCCGGUCGCGUGGCUAUGCAUUUUCGCAGACCGAGGGCGAUCAGGCGCACCUCGUGCGGCAAUACGACACGACCAAGGCUCGUCCUGCGGGCCUGUAA